AUGGCCCUGGCACAAAAUCCGGAGUCUUUCUCUCAAACAAGGGGCCGGGCUCCAAAAACUGCCUCCUUCUCCCUCAUAAACCUCCCUCUUCAGCCACUCUCUCCUUCUCUCUCACUUCAUGCUUUGUAUUUUAUUGAGCGAAACUCCCAAACCCGUGGUAAUAUAGCCAUGGAGGAAGAAAACGCCUUGGAUGUUAACAAAACUGAGAUCUGGCUUCAAGAUGAACAAGACGAUCUUCUUGGUGUGAAUGAUGUCUCCAUGUUUUAUGCUGAUUUUCCUCCUCUUCCAGAUUUUCCAUGCAUGUCAUCCUCUUCGUCAUCUUCCUCAACUCCAGCACUGCAAGUCAAGACCACGACGUGCUCUACAACAUCUUCAUCCUCCACCGCUACAUCAUCAUCGUCCUCUGCCGUGUCAUGGGCAGUUCUGAAGUCCGAUGCCGAAGAUAAUCUUCGGGUGGAGGAGCAGCCGCCGCCACCACUAGCAACUUUGUCCUCCGCCGCUUCCACAGAGAUCCCUUUACCGCCUAACGAUUGUGCUGUCGAGAUAGAGGAGCCUUUUCCGUACUUGGACAUGUUAGAGAUCAACGAUUUUUUCGACCCGGCAUUAGUUUUUCAAGACGAGGAUUGCCCAUUAGAAGAAUAUCCCCAGAAUCAGAUAGAGCGGGAGCAGGAACAACAUGCAAUUACACUGCUGCAGCAAUCAGAGGAUCAAGAUCGGCAUGUGCUCUUUAAUGAUAAUAACUACGAAGAAGAGAUUCAAGGAAAAGGAGGAAACCCAGAUGGGGAAAUGAGCGACGUGUUCUUGGAGUGGCUCAAAACGAACAAGGAUAGCGUCUCUGCAAAUGACUUGAGGAGCGUUAAGCUCAAAAAAUCAACCAUAGAGUGUGCUGCGAAGCGCUUAGGAGGAGGAAAAGAAGCCAUGAAGCAAUUGUUGAAGCUUAUUCUUGAAUGGGUUCAAACUAGUCAUCUUCAAAACAAAAGCCGUUGUAAUAAGGAGAGUGACAUUAAUAAUAAUGACAAUGGUGCGCCUCCAAAUUUCCUCACAAACCCUAGGUCUAAUUCCAACCCUAAUUUCUUUGGAAUACCUCAGUCAUGUCCAUGGGUCUCUCAUCCUCAGCCUUAUGGGACAGAUCCGGCGACUAUGGUAGCCGUGCCGCCGCCUUCUUAUCCUUUGAUUGGGUAUCCGGGUGACCCAUAUUCAAAUGGAGCUUCGAAUAAUAUCAAUUCCUACCAACCUGCUAUUACGGAAUACAAAAUGUUGGAAGCAGCUCAUUCAUGGCCUCCAUCUCAGUUCACCAUUGCUCCCCACUGCAACCAGUCAUCAUAUGGGGACAAUAAUGUCCACCAGGCUGGCCCACCAGUAGCGGCGGGAUUUGACGGCUAUGUGAAUCAGUAUUCAUAUCAUUAUUUUCAAGGCAUGGCGGCGGGUGAUAAGUUAAUGAGGUUAGGCCCCUCGGCGACCAAAGAAGCAAGGAAAAAGAGGAUGGCGAGGCAGAGAAAGUUUUUGUCUCAUCAUAGGAGCCAGAAACACCAUAGCCAACUACAGAAUCAUGAUAAUAAUGACCCGCUUGCAAGAUUGGGACGUGAUUAUAAUUGCAACGGAGGUUCUGCGAAUCCGGCCAAUUGGGCGUACUGGGGGGCACUGGCCGGAGGAGCAGCUUCCGUGGUUCCAGUCGUUCCAGCUGAAACCCGGCCGGCUCUGGAUCGAACAGCCAUGCAAGCUCAGAAUUAUCAAACCAGUGUCGCAUCGACAGAUCAAAGGCGUCAGGGAUUGAAGACAGAGAAGAACCUGAAGUUUCUUCUUCAAAAGGUGUUGAAGCAAAGUGACGUUGGUAGCUUGGGGAGAAUUGUGCUGCCAAAAAAAGAGGCAGAAACCCACUUGCCAGAAUUAGAGGCGAGAGAUGGCAUUUCUAUAGCAAUGGAAGACAUUGGAACUUGUCGUGUUUGGAACAUGCGCUACAGAUACUGGCCAAACAACAAAAGCAGGAUGUAUCUGCUCGAGAAUACUGGAGAUUUCGUGAAGGCCAAUGGACUGCAAGAGGGAGACUUCAUAGUGUUGUACUCAGAUGUCAAGUGUGGCAAAUUUUUGAUAAGAGGGGUGAAAGUAAGGCAAGCAGGGGGAGUGGCGAAAGCAGAUCAGAGCAAGAAAGGAGGAAAAACGCAUCAGAAAAACCUGGCGGCUGCUAAUAAUGAGGCGCCCUCUCCAUCGUCGCCUCUGAAAAGAUUAGAAAGGAAAUAA